UUCUGUCCCUGGAACUUUGCCUCAACUGAGCAUGGCAGGGCUGGUAUCACAGAUAAAAAUCUGCAGGCUUCUUCCUUCCCCAGCUUCCUCCAGCCCAAGGGUCCCCACCUCAGGGCCUUUGCACUGAUAUUCUCUCUGCCUGCAGUGCUCCCUCCCCAUUAUCAGUACAACCCACACUCCUGCCUCUAUUCAGCUGCUCCUCCCAACCCCACCUUCCCUGCUGUCAGAGCUGCUAUGUCACUCCUAGCUCCAGUUCUUUUCUGGCUCUCUGUGACCACCCCUUCUUGUCCCCAUGAUGAACUCAAAGCAGGCCUGACCUCGACUGUCACUGUGGCUGCCAUGCCUGGAGUGGGGCCUGGCAUGCACUGGGUGCUCAGAACAUGGUAUGUGGUCCAAGGGAGUACAGACAUGAUAGUCCUCAGAGUCAGGACACUAGCUGUCCCACUGAGGGCCCUCCAGCCCCCGCCACCAUGGAUGGGUGCAGAAGGUAUAACAGGGAAUAUGCCAAGCCUUCCGUUUAGCCUCACGACUGACCCCACCCCCACGCUUUCCAUUUCACAGGGGAGAAAACUGAGGCUUAGACAGGCCUGGCCACCAGCUCAAGGUCACACAGCCAGGAACCAUGGCCAGCCCAAGCAAGGAGAACCCAGAGCUCCCAGGACCCUUGCAAAGUUGGCAAGAUGUGUGGCUUGGAAAACGUUAUCUGAGAGGUCCCCAUUUCUGGAGCUGUGCCCUACAAGACACACAGCCUUCUGCCCAGACUCCAGGUCCCCCAGCUCUCAUCUGGACCUCCUGCCUGCCCUCUCUGCCAGCUCUCCCAAGCCCGGCACCAGAGCCUGCAUCGUCUUCCAAGGCCGGCUGAGAACCUGCCUGGGGCCCAUCAACACCUGGAGCCAGAGGAAUGCACAGGGACCCUCUCCUGUCCUGAGCCUGACUUCUCUAGAGUGGGUAGGGGAGCCUGUGGGCCUGCAGCUGCUGCACAGGACAAGGAGGCUUUGUCUAUGGGUGUGUGUGGUGGGGAGCCCCGGAAAUGCCUACUGGCUACCCAGAAACCACAGCCAGCCACAAAGCCAGCAGGACCAAUCCGUGGAGCUCAGUCCUCCCUGAGGUUCUCUGGAAGGUCCACAUGUGACUCAACCCUGGGCUCUGGCCACUGAGCUCACAGUUUGGCCCCACAAGCUGCAUCUUUCCCUUGACUCCCAAGCUCCCCUACUGUAAAGUGAGGCCAGAGGGUGCUAGAGUGAAUCGCUGCAGAAGCGAGUGUGGCACAAAGUAAGUGUUCAAUAAAGUUGGUCUCUGCUAGUGGA